CUUACGACCGAACUAACAGAUGGCCAACGAGAACCAUGACUGAUUGAUACCCGGUUGCGAUUGACUCGGAUUCUGGAACCUCGGAUUAUAUGGAUAUGGAUGAUGAUGAUGAUGAUGAAGACUGCUGUUACAGAUCAGACGUGCCUUUUUUUGUUUUUCUUUUCGUCCUCCUUGGGGUGAUGUAUGGCCUUCCAAUUUCCGAAAUGAACCCCCGUGUUUGGAAUCAGCCAUCAUCGGGAUUUUCUGACUCAUGUUCACGAAACAUUGAUCAUGGAUUAGGGAUUGAAUCAUCGAGUGUACUCCGUAAGCAUGAACUACUCAGGCACAACAAGAAGCAGCAGAAAGGAUGGCGACACAAGAGCCAUUGGGAACGUUGGCAACUUGAAGGGGGGAGGACGCAGCGAAACCCCUAAGAAAUGGAAAAGAAAGGGGGAAAGGAAAAGCAAUAGGAGGGGAAGACUCAUGGUUUCGCAUCCACAGCUUCGGGACGGGAGAGCCG